AUGCGGGUCUCGCACGAAGACGGCCGAGCGGGCCCGCUCACUCCGACGGCCGUCAAGCAAGUUACUCCCCCUGCAUCUGCUAUACCACUUUUGUACAUCAAAGAAUUCGACGAGCGGUCUCUUGUGAGCUAUGUCGAUCAAAGAAGCUGCGUUGUGAUCGUGGAAAACCUUGUGCAAAUUGUCGACAGCGGAGAAAAACUUGUGUCUAUGGUGGACAGGCUGACACAAGGCGCGCGAGAAAUACGCCACAUUCUUCUACUCAGCAAAACGCGACCGCGUUACUAA